GCUGCCGCUUGUAUGAGUUUGAUAGCCAAAUCAGAGGCGACUAUUUAGAAGCGGGUUUUUUUUUAUUUCAUUGUUCCGACAUCAUUGUGUUUCCUUUACCUCUGCAGGAGUUAUCUCUUAAUCGAAAACUUUCGGUCUGCUGCGGGCGUGAGCAGCUUGCUUAAUGGUUUGGAGCCGUUUGAUGCCCGUGAAAGAAUUUCUUGGGAUGUGCCCCCGGAGGAGGCGGUCUUAGCUGUGCUCUUGGGGACCUGGAGAGAGUUGAUUCAGGCGGCGCACUCUAGCUGCAGAGAGCACCUAGAGAGCACAGAGGCGCUCCGAGCCCCGGCCCAGCACUCGGAUCUGCGACGACAGCUCGCUCAGACACCUCACUGGUCUCCACCGCCCAGGGGCCGCAGGCAUGGAUGGGUUAGGAAACGCCACGGACCCGAGCUGUCUCCAGCAGCCGCCGGUUGCCAUCGACAUCAUAAAGGACCUGGACAUCUUCGGGAUUAUCCUGUAUUCGGUUCUCACACUGAUGGCCCUGCUGUCUGUGCUCAUAUACAUGGAAGAAGCAGUUUACAUCUACAAGAAAGUUCCCUCUCCAAAAAAAUCGGCCAUUAUGUGGGUCAAUGGUGCAGCUCCUGUGAUUGGCGUCACGUCUUGUGUUGGCAUGUGGAUCCCUCGCUCCAGCAUGUUCACAGACUUCACAGCUGCCUCGUACUUCGCCAUCGUUAUCUACAUGUUCCUCGUGAUGAUGAUCGAGGAGUGCGGAGGCGACGAGGCCUUCCUAAAGCGCUGCGGAAGAGACCGCCUGAGGAUCAGCACGGGGCCCUGCUGCUGCUGCUGUCCCUGCCUGCCGUAUGCGGGCAUCUCCAGACGAACCCUGUUCUUAUUGAAGGCAGGAUCUUUCCAGUUUGCUUUACUGAAAACAGUCUUCACCAUCCUUUCCAUAGUGCUCUGGGCGAAUGGGAACUUCGAUCUCGCCGACUUAUCCAUCACCGGUGCUGCUAUAUGGAUAAAUCCCUUUGUUGGGAUUCUCACAAUCAUUGCUCUGUGGCCCGUUUCAAUUAUAUUCAAACAUGUCCAGGGGUUGCUGCGCAGCCUGAAGAUUAUCCCAAAGUUUGCCAUGUAUCAGAUGGUGCUCAUUCUAAGCCAGCUCCAAUCUGCCAUCAUCAACAUCCUUGCCAUGGGCGGCACCAUCGCCUGCGCGCCCCCAUUUUCAUCCCAAGCACGGGGGACCUUUAUGAACCAGCAGCUGCUCAUCAUGGAGAUGUUCAUCAUCACCCUGGUGACGAGGAUGCUGUACAGGAGGGCGUACGACCCCCUGGACAAGACAGAUGAGCACGAAGAGGACAACAAGGACAACGCCAAGACCCUGCUGCAGGCGGGCUGCGGGGAAGAUGGGGUACAGAGCGUGUGAGAGCAGGCCGGCGCUGGGUGUCCGCAGUGUGCGCGUGACCCCCUCCCCUGUGUUUCUCCCAGGACCAGCACAGCUCACCAGAGCACGAGGGGAGGGGGUUGGAUUCAGGAUUCCUGCAAGACAAAGAGCCCCAGCCAACACCUCCAGCAGUCCUCCUCCUGCUGCUGCUGAGCCAAGGCCACGGCCUUCCAACAGCGGCCCACCCGAGCCCACGCCGGUCAGAGUGCAGGCAAAGGCUGGUGGGGGCAUGCAACUGAUACAGAGGGGCGUUUUAGUCUUGUGGCUGAGUGCAGGUGAAGGCCAGCAGCGCACCAGCUGUGAGAAGAGGAGGAGUGGGACCCAGUAAAGGGCUUAGUGCAGAAAAUGCUCAUCAUGCAAGCAAGUCUACCAGCGCAAAGCAAUUUCCAAACCUUAACUACUUCUUCAUGCCAUUAAUUGGGGGGUUUCAGUAAUUCACAUUGCAGAAUACACAUUAUUUGAUAGUUGUGUCCACGUGUACUAUCUGGAAUAUUCCCAUUACAGAAAGCACUUCACAUGGCUCAGCCCAGGUAACAAUUUAAUAUCGGCUCCCAGGCCGUUACAAAAACGAUCCUUUUAGUCACGGAAGCAGAGCCCUAGAAUGUUCCCCGAACGUUUUUCAAGUUCGUGUUCCAGAUGGGUUCAGAACGUUAUGGUUGGAACAGCUGUAGCAUUCUCAAUUGUAUUGUAGGACAGUGAUCAAUGAAUCGCCACCACAGAGGUGAUUUUUCACUCUGCAGCCCUAGUUGUUUUAUUCUUUCUGCUUUUCUUCUGCCUCCGGUGGGAGUUCAGGACAAAACGCCUUUGGAGCAGGUGUGGAAGUUCUUUUACUUGUAAGCUCCUCUCCGCAGAGUGACCGGCCUCCUUCUGGGCUGAAAAAAUAGCGCUCUAUCAAUGUCCACUCAUGCGGACACAGCAUUAUAAAAAAACCUUGAACUGAGGAAAAAGUCCAUCAGGUUGGGGUUUGUCUGAGAUUCCCCCUGCUCCUAGACCAUGGGGUCUGCCCAGAAUCAAGUCUGUAUCAUGGUAGCCAUGUGCGUUUGACGCAGAGGAAUGGGAAAGUCCAGGAAUGACAGGAAAUGUACUAAAACACAACAGUGGUAGUCUAGGUCUGUGUUUUCUUCCCCAGUGAUAGCUCUGCAAAAUACUUAGUAUAUUAAAGUCACAUUAAGCACCUGCAUAAUGCAUGAUACAGUAUAAGUGGGCUUCACAGUAAGACUAAAGGUAAUGCCGUGUGUAUUAAUGAAAACCCUGAUUUUAGAAUUACAAAUUAUGUGUUUACCUUAGUAUCUUAAAGUGUUCCCAGUAUUAACAUUGUAUUUGACUGUUUAUUUAUUUAGCAUAUUAUGUUUCAGGACUUCCUGAAGAAACUCUUCUUACUCAGCCACAAGACUAAAGCCCCAUUCUAAUUGCUGUGCCAGUUCCUCCAUAGGCUUCAUUCUCUACAGAUUGAGAUCUCAGCGUGUCCAACAGAAAAGGCAAAUUAAAAAUUCCAAGUGUCUCCUGGUGAUGUCGUUAGUUUUUAUUACCAAAAUUGAACAAGCCACAGAUCAAUAGGCUACACUAGCAAGUCCACAAUAUACAAUCCAUACCACCUAAUAUUCUGGUUCUUGAUCUUCAAGCUCCUUAAGAUUUUUUUUUUACUUAUUAAGUUUAAACUUGAUAUCAUAUCACCAGAAGGUCAUCUCUGAACCCGCUAUCCUGCUCAAGAAAGCCUUUUUUGCCAAUGAUCUUCAGCUGGAGAUCACUCAAGGAAAGAUCCCAGUAUCUUCUCUUAUUAAAGUGGUUGUGACAGACAGUCUCGUUGAGCUCGGACCCUGACCUGCACCAGUACCAGAUAUGGGUACCAGGCACAUCGUGAGCACUGAUGUCACGAUUUGGUUUCAGCUCAGCAGUACAGUGUUGUGUUAUGUUGUGGUGUGGUGUGGUGCGGUGUGUUGUGUGUUGUCAACAGUGAGCUUCACUGUGAGGGCUGGUCUGGCCCCAGCCUAGGUGAGCCAGUGUAAAAAGGCCACAACAGGACACUUUUCUUAAAAUAUCAAGUUUAAAUUUAACAAUACAGUCGCUGGAAUCUUCACAACAAAAAUGAACAUCCUCUUGGACUCUACCUUUAGGUACAGCUUACACUGCCCUUUUGAAAACAUUGCUUUUCAUGCUCUGAGCGUAUUGCACAGUCAGCAGUGAAAGAUGCAUUUGCAUUCAUUCAUUUUCUUGCGUAUUACAGAAAAAUUCUGAAUUAUUUCACAUUGUCUUUCCUAAACCCACCUCACCCUCACUGUCAUUGAUCUCCCACACUAGUGCCGACAGGAGAAAACAGACAGUGAGCAGCAGAACAACCAGGUUUCAGUCUGGAUGUCACAGAGGUGCAAACACAGCAACAAUUGCUCAUGUAUCAUUUUAACACAAAUUCUACAACUUUAAUUCUUAUUACUGUAUAGUAGUUGGAAGCUUUUAUACAUCCUGUUUUUAUUAACUUAAAGUAAACAAAAAAGUACAUCCAAAACUAAAAAAAACGAUCACAUUGAAGUUUAUCAAGUUUAUCAAAGAGAGGAACUGGAGUUAAAAAAAUAAAAGUUGCUUUAAAUUGUAUCUGAUAUGGUUAUCAGAUCAUUCUGCUUAAUGUGUGGACUGAAAAAAAAAGAAAAACAGAAAGCCAAAAUAUAAACCCAAGAAUCAGUUUGCUUGAAAUAAAAAUGGAACCUGAAGCUGGCCUUGUUAUCUAAAUGUAACACUGCAGGUAUUUCUUUAUGUACAUUCCAGCUCCCUGAGCUAGGACACUUACACUGGAGCACCUUUUCAUAGAAUAGUAAGUCCAGUACAAAUCGCACAGCAUAGGAUAUGAACAAAGGGUUAGUGAAAAAUAUUCUAAAAAAAAUAAAGUCUGUAUUGAAGUAUUUUGAAUGUAUUUAAUUUUUCAUUUUUGCUGUUUAUUGCCAGAACAGAUGAGGACAAAACAAAGAAUACAAAAAAACAGGGAUAUUGUUUGUGUUCUUGACAAACCGGUCACAAUGGUGAAAUUGUGCGAGUAGAAUUCCAUAGUCAAAUGGUGAAUAAAAUUCACGAACUGGAGAACAUCUCAGUCUUGUCUGGUUUUAUCCAAAUUCUUAGGUGUGUUUUGUUCUAGUUAUAUUUUCUGCUUUGUGCCUUUUUGUUUUUCUUUGUAUCUGCUUUUAUUUGCAUGUCUCAGUCUUUCCGGGUGUUGUCAGAGGUGAUGCCACUAGCGCUGUGUUGCCAUGUGUUCAGUCUGCAGUGUGCACAAUUACUGGCUCAGACUCAAUCAGGACAAACUGCCAGCUCAGCUUUUCUUUGGACAGACGUGUCUUUCUUCUGUUCAGUGGAAACUCACCGUGGUGGACUGGGCCUGUAACAGUGAUUAGCGCAUGAGCCGAAGAGUCUGACUCUGGGCCUUCAUGAAGGUGAGGUAGAUUUCCGAAGUGUCCUGUGGCUCAGGCUGGUGGUGAACCCAUUUAGAGAGGAGGAAUUAAAACACUAGUUAUUGAGGGUGAUUGGUCUGGGAUUUUCAGCACAGUCACCAGGGCUGCCUGAGGUUCAGAAAGGAGUCAGGCUGCAGAAUAAUACAAGACUCUGUGCUCAGAAGAUAUGGACACCGUCAUCAUUAUCUUCAUCAUCUUGUUAAAGCUCUUUGUCAUAUGAUGCCAUCUUCCAUUGUGUGUUUAUAUCGGUUUGUUUUUUAAACAAAAGUGCAUAUAAAUAGAAAAAAAAGAAAUAGAAAGGGGUAUUUUUAUAAUACCUAAUAUCUUAAUUGAUGUACCAACAGGCAAACAAUAACAAAUAUGAAGUAUAUAUAUUUUGUAAUGAGUCGUGUCCUUGACUUUGCAGUACGCUUUUAGUUUCGAAGUAAAGAGGUGAGAUUAAGGUGAGAAAAUGAGCAGUCCUCCCAGUGCAAACUUGUGGAAUCAGAAUUCCAGAGAGAGCGUUCUGGGAUUACAAGAUAUCAGUUGUUGUGUGAGCUAAUAAACGGUUGAAUUU